AUUUUUGUAGACAACCAAAAUCUUUACAAACUCCCGGGAUGUCUGUUGUUGAUAUUAGUAUGGUCUCUGGUUAUGUUCCAGAAAAGACUUCUUUACAAAAGCUUAUCCUUAGUGAAUCAUCUGAGAUAAAGCGUUUCGAAGUGGAGAAGAAUAAUGUGUACCUGUAUUUCACAGAGCUUCCAAAGAUUCGCAGAUGCUACAUUUUCGACAUUGUACAGGAAAUUGUUGUAGAGGAGGCACAACCUGCCAAAGCUUACAUGUAUGAUUACUAUAGAUCAGGCUUGAAGAUUGCCAAGAACUAUACAUUAGAGUGUGCUCCUGACUUCCCGUGACGAACAUCCCGUAAAUACUUCUUCGUUCAUGAGAUAUAAACAUUUGCAUGUUGUUAAACAUAACUAUUUGAAUGUUUAUUGAAAUAUUCCGUUUGCUUUAAUCUUUUACAAUAGGUGGUUUGUAUUUAAUUGUCUUAUUAUAUUUUUAAGUUAGAAUAUUUAGUAUUUCACUGUACACAUUAUUAUCGUACUGUAACAACAAAUUGAAACUUAUUUCGAUUGUGAUGGGCAAUUUUUACUAAUAAAAUAUUUUAUCCAA